AUGCGCGCCGUCUUCGCCAUCGUCUCCCUCCUCGCGGCGACCGUCGCCGCCCGCUUCGACGGCCCUUGCACCGACACCGUCUGCGGCGACUCCAAGGUCAACUGCGAGGCCGAGGGCCGCAUCUGCGUCGGCUUCCCCAGCGUCGACCCCGAGAAGCGCCUCGGAUGCACUUGCAGCAUUAUCAGCAUUUGUUGA